UCUUUCUUUUGACGUUUUUCCUCAACUAAAAACUCUUCACUCAUGUCUGCCGAGUCUGCUGCCACCCCCGCCGCCUCUGCCUGGACGCUGAUUGCGCGCGUCACCUCGCUCCCCGUCGUCCACUCUGCCGUCGACAAGAUGACUGGCAUCUACGAAAACACAAAGUCGUCCAGCGACUAUGUCAAGCGCACGCUCGAGUCUGUCGAGGGCUCGGUCGCCCUUGCCGCCGCUGCCGCCAAGCCCCUGAUCCAGCCGUUCGAGCCCACGCUCCGUGGCAUUGACACGUUCGGCUGCCGCCAGCUCGACCGUCUCGAGGAGACGCUGCCCAUCAUCCGCAAGCCCACCGACGAGAUUGUCGCCGACUCGCGCAAGCUUGUCGAGGACGCCGUCACGCAGGGCAAGCACCGCCUCGAGGUGCUGCGCGACACAAACGAGAAGCUCGUCAAGGACGUUGUCCGCGCUGUUGUCGACGAGCGGGUCAAGCCCCGCGUCGAGCACCUGCUCACCACCACUGAAAAGACGGUCGACUUUUACCUGCCCAACAACGCCUCGGCCGCCUCUGCUGCCGACGAGGCCGAGGUCGAGACGCUCACGCGCGUCCAGAAGCUCUCCACCAAGGUCCAACGCCGUCUGUACAGCCGUGCCAUGACCCAGAUCAAGGACGUCCAGCUCCGCUCCCAGCAGAGCCUCGAGUCGUUCAAGUUUACCGUCGACCUCAUCCAGUACGCGCAAGAGAACAUUGACCUGCAAGCCGGCCGCAUCCGCUCGACCAUUGCCAAGGGCAAGGCCUCUGUCGAGUCCAUUGGUGGCAUUGAGGAUGUCCGCAAGUCUGUCGCCGCCGCCUCCGAGCUCGUCCUCUCGCUGUCCGAGUCUGCCAUUGGCGCCGCCAAGCACCCCCGCACCUCUGCCGCCCUUGUUGCCGACCACGUUGCCACCCGUGCCUCUGCUGCUUCUGCCAAGCUGUCCUCCACCGCGCAGGCUGCCUACACUCGCUCUGUCGAGACUGUCACGCCCUACACGACCGCCGUCACCAACGCUGCCCAGUCGGCCUACACGCGCUCUGUCGACACUGCCGCUCCUUACACUAACGCUCUCCAAUCCAAGGCUGCCCCCUAUGUUGCUUCCCUCAAGGCCUCUGCCCUGCCGCUCGCUCAAUCGCUCCAGACACACAUCCAAAAUGCCACCAACGCGCCCGCUGCCGUUGCCUUGAAGGAACGCGCACAGCCUGCCCUUGCCUCCCUCCAGCUCGCCUACACUCGCCUGCACAAGGACCUUGUCGACCUCGCUGCUGUCCUCAAGUCUGCCCGCACCACCCAACCGGAAGAGGCUGCCGCCAACGCCCAGGCUCACGCCGAGGUUGUUCGUCUUGCCGCCCUCCUCCAGGAAGGCCUUGCCACUCUUCAGCACCUGACUGCUUCGAUUUCUUCCCAGUACACUUCCACUUUUAGCCAGCUGACUGCUCUUGCCCAGCGCGCUGCUUCCUUCCUGCCCGCCAACCGCUUCUUCUCCUUUGCUGCCGCUGCUGCUGCUGCUGCUGCUCCCCAAAACGAGGAGGCCGCGUCCUCGAUUGAGCUGGAGGAGGUUGCCGCCAAGGCCGCCCCUGCUGCCGAGUUUGUCGACGCGUCCGAGCGCCUCUCCGAGAGCGAGGAAGACGAAUCCAACGCCCAGUUUGAGGAGGCUGAGGAGGUUGACGACGAAGAAGAAGAGCUCGAGCAGGACGACGACGAGGAAGCUGACGACGAUGAAGAUGCUCAGGACGAGUAAAAGCGAGCAAGUUUGAGCUCGAUUCCGCUUCCUGGUUUUUUUCUCUCUCACGCUUUGUUGUAUUUUGAUGCUUGAUUUUUUUUUCGUUUUAAAGCCCAUUGCGAUGCACAUACACACUGAAAGUUGGGCAAUACACGCUUUUU